CUCCAACACUUUCUAUCCAGCACAGCAUUGCGCCUGCGACGUACUUGCGACGCUCUUCCGAUCGCUUCGGAUGAAGACAAAGUGGGUGACACUGGACAACUGCUGAACGCUAUCUACCGGCAUUCCAUUGCAACGUGCAAAUUACAAGAUGCACGCCGAAACUCUCGCUCCCCACCGGGUCGUAUCGUCGCAGUCCAUAACCCUCGAAAAGGCCGCCUCGAUUCUCGAUAAAUACCUAGCAAACUCCGAAGUGCACUCGCACCUACACCCCGAUGCGCUCAUCACCCCUAGUGGCACGACCUUCGGCGCGCAAGGUGGUUCUACAGGCGGCGUGAUCAUGCACAACCUACGCAGAGUAGCCGCCGGGCUCAAGGGCAACUAUCUGGAGCCUGAGCCUACGCCGGAACCUGAAGGCGGAGAGCGCAAUGCGGUCGACGGCACUAAGGACCAACCGAACGCAGGAAUGACUGAUGGCACUGCAGCCGAGGACUGGCAAGACAUGUCCGAGUUUGAAAGAGAAGAGGGCGCGAUAGAAGUGGGCGAGGUUGGCGAUCGCUCGAAUUUCGUGGCGCAAGAGGAGAUUGAGCCUGGUCAUUUGUCGGGUGAAGGGAAGAAGAGGAAGACGGACGAUGCGGGCAAGCUUGACAAGGCGGCCAGGAAGAAGGCGAAGAAAGCGAAAGACAAGGAGUUCAGGGCACAGAAGGAGAAAGCGAGAGCAGAGCAAUCAGCAUGAUUUCUCCAUGCCGACGGAUCAUGUCCACAGCACCACCGCU